UGAAAGACUGGAAAUAAAGACGAUUGAACACUGGAAGGGGAGGACCUGGACACGGGACUGGAGUCAGGGCGAAGAACCGACUUGAACACUCACGCCCUAGUUCGCUCAAAGCGCCUUUUACCUCACAAACUCACGGAGGAUACCCGAGCAACCAAUUUCCUGGGGAAAUAUUACGAGAAUAAAAUGUUCCGGAAAAACAGAAACAAAACUGGAAAAGUCUGAGUGAAAGUGAGGAUAUGUGAAGUUCCAAUCUUUUUAUAGCCUAUUAGAAGCUCGAAUGUAAGCCUGAUUACCAUUUCACUUGGAGCGACGGUCCAGGCAAUGGACACUUUUUUGGAGGAAGCCCUUUCGAUAUCGUCAUAAUAUUCUGUAUACUGGAACUGAUCACAAUUGCAAUGAAGGGUCGGUGUUUAUUUACUUGCAUGCUGGUUUACGUGUUCCUGUGGUCGUCCAGUGGUCAAAACUCCGCACCAGAAGCAGUGUUGAACUGCUGUGAGGGUGACGUCCUCUUCCUAUUGGACUCCUCGGGCAGCGUCUCAUCCUAUGACUACUCCCGCAUGCUGGGCUUUUUGUCCGAGCUCCUCCUUCCAUUCUCAUUGGGUGAGGACCAGGUGAGGGUGAGCCUUCUGCAGGUGGGCACCCAACCCCGCCUUGAGUUUGGUUUUGACAGCCACAAUAGCCAAACUGGCCUACAGGGGGCGCUGGGGAACACCAAGCCUCUGAGGGGCGACACCAACACAGAGGAGGCCCUCAGGAUGGCCAAGGACUGGGUGCUGAAGCCCGGGGGUGGUGCGGGGGCCAGGGAAGAACUCCCCAGAGUUCUAGUGUGGCUGACGGAUGGGGUGAAGCCGGGUGAUGUGAUUGGACCAAUGGAGAAGCUGAGAGAGGAGGGCGUGGCCGUUCUGGUUAUCUCCACGGGCCACGGGAACUACCAGGUGCUGCGGCAGGUGGUCACCCCUCCUGUGGAGUCACACCUGUACUUUGUGGACAUCGACGAUAUGAGUAUCAUCACUGAGGACCUGAGGGAUGCCAUUAUUGAGAUUCUCCGGGCUGAACGGCUCCAGGUGCGAGACGUGUCCACAGACAGCGCCAUGCUGCAGUGGCGACCGGUUCUGGCCGGUUUGACCGGUUACUAUGAGAUCCGGUUUGGACCGGCUCCCAGUCUAGGAGUGAGCGAAAGAGAAGCAAGGGGGCCUGGGACCAGCCCCAGUACCAGUGGUAGUCAUUACCAACGACUGACCCAGCCAGGGGACUCCAGCAUGGCAAGGCUGAUGGACCUGAAACCAGACACCACAUACAUGGCCACACUGACUCCCAAGUCCAACCUACAGGUGCUCAACCCCCUCUCUGUCACCUUCACCACUAAGCCAGAGGUGUUGAGCCCGACUGUGGUGACGGUAUCUGACUCUGGGGCCAACGGUGUGAGGGUGAGCUGGGGUCCUCUGCAGCCGGAGUCUGUCCAGAGCUUCCAGGUGGAGUACAUGGCCCUGCCAGGGGGGAAGCUCCACAUGACUACUGUGGGCCAAGGGCAGAACUCCACCCUGCUGACUAACCUCCAGCCAGACACCCAGUACCUGGUCACCGUGAGCGCACGGCACACCUCCGGCCGGGAGAGGGCCAUGUCUGUCAAAGUGUGCACUGAGGAGGUGAGACCGGCUCUUGCAGACCUGCAGCUGACCACGGUGGGCAGUGACUCUGUGCAGGUGGACUGGAAAGCCAGCGUGGACGGCCUCAGGGGCUACUGGCUCACCUGGGAGGGUCAGGGCAUCCACGGCUCUACCGCCGUCCCGCGCUCCUCCCUCUACUUGCCUUCCAACUCACUGUCCACGCGCCUCACACACCUGCCCCCUGCCACCCGAGUGUGUGUGUCACCCGUCUACCGGACGGCACGCGGGGAGGGCCUCUGCUGCAUGGCCCAGUUUCAUUCAGAUGCAUCGGUUUGGGGCCACAGAUCAUAACAUUGCUGAGCUCAACAGGCACUAUGCCAAGGAUGGAGGGAUGAAGGAGAAGAAGAGAUAGAAGAACAAUGCAUCUGAACUUGCAUCCCUCCUUCAGUUCAUUUUCUCCUUUCUGGACAAGACACAAGGCCUUUGGCUUACAAAUCAGUCUAAUAGAUACUGAUACGAUAGAUAGAUUGAUAGAUAGAUAGAUAGAUAGAUAGAUAGAUAGAUAGAUAGAUAGAUAGAUAGAUAGAUAGAUAGAUAGAUAGAUAGAUAGAUAGAUAGGCUUGCUGUACUAUAAAGAUAUUGCUCUAUUAGUAAGCACCCUAACUGAGUUGGGUUGCUAUCUCCAGCGAUAUAGACAUCUUGAUUUUCACAUUUACUUUACAUUGCCUAAAACCUGUAAUCACACUGUAAACAUGUUUGUUUUAGAUGUAGAGAGUGGCCAAGCAUAUCAGUGUAGAUCAAGGUCAUUCUGCUUGAUGGUAUUUUGCAUAAUGUAGUUUUAAUCAACAAGACCCACUGGGCACAGACAUGGUGAUUUACUAACUUGAAUUCAACAGAAAAUGUCACCAAGUCGUUGGAUUUAGGUUAAAAGUUGGGUGGGAAAAAACAUGAAAUUCCCUUACAUUGAUAACUUUUAGCAAAUCCAAUCAGUUUUCCACGUUGAUUCAAUAUCAUCUCAUACAUUUUUGAUGUUGUUGAAAUGACGUGGAAACAACGUUGAUUCAACCAGUUCUUACCCAGUGGGGAGGAAUGUAUUUUAACAAAAUUGUCUGGCUUCUACAAUACACAAGGAGCAACCAUGUUUACAAAAUAAUCUGAAUAUUUCCCAAAGCACCCACUCGUAAUAUUUUAGUAACACUUUUUACAUGUGUGUGCCAACUCAUUUUAAUUGAAGGUCAAAUGGACACUGAAUCCUUAAUAACAGAGGAACCCAUCGAAACCAAUGAAAUAUGAUUCUCUACAUGGCUGCACUGAUAAAACCACAGCCAAGAUGUUCUACCAGUGAGAUGUUGCAGAUGAUUUUUCGAUAAAGGAUCAAUCUGAUAUUUUCCAGGAUUGUUUUGACACAUCACUACCAAGACUUAUACAUGCAGGACAUACAUUGGAUGAUGUUGUAUAUUCAGUGAUACAGGUUGGCCAUUUACCAACGGUGCAUAGAUCUGCAGAGGAAAUGGAAGAAUUCUUCUACCAAAUUCCUUGGACCGUAUUCAUACUGUAGGUGUAAUGUUUCGACAUCAUUUCAACUUCAAAAAAGCUAAGCGAUGUCGUUCAAUCAACGUGGAGAACUGAUUGGAUUUGCAAAAAGUGAUCAACGUAAGGAAAUUCUGUCUCUUUUUCACCCAACUUUUAACUUAAAUCCAAUUGACAUGAUGACAUUUUAUGUUGAUUUCACAUUGACUUCAUGUUAGUUGACAACUCAACCAAAUGUAAAUCAAAAAUAGACGUUGAACUGACGUCUGUGCAGUGCGGUGGGUCUGUUAUCAGCUGGUUUCUGCUGCCUCCCUGUGGAAGUUGUACUGAUGCGUUUUAGAUCCUUUUUAGAUGGUUUCAGUGUUGGUUUGUUCAUAUUCAUUACAUUGAGAGUUGUUCAUCACUAUAUUAAAUGAACUAGUUUUUACAACAUAGCAGAUUUUCUUUGAGAAUUAUCAUGCAUAUCCAAAGUGAUUACAGGUGUAAUACAAUGUAUUUGUUUGGUCAUUUUUAUUUUCACUCCUAACUAACUGCAUCACAUUUUUUUGCAUUAACAUGAACUGCAUUAACUUCCAGAACUGUCUCUUAGUGCCUAGUAUUGAUGGAUGCUGUUGGUUUGUUGCAGUCACCUCUCACAGUGGUACAUCAGUUAAAGCACAGGGACUGAAUGACUGACCAUUUAUUGAGGAUCAGGAUGCUAAUUAGAGGAAUUAAUUGAGGAAGGGUUGAUAUCAAAAGGGAUUUUAGAAAUGAUGAUGAAUAUGAAACAUUCAUAUCUGAUUUGUGAGGAAAAGCUGGAAAUAGAGGUUGUCAAAGGGUGAGUCUUAUUUCAUGGCCUUCCCCUGUAAGACAUUCUAUGCAUCUCUAACUCUCAUUCUAAUUUUCUCAUCUCCUCACUCUUCUUUGCCAUUUUUGUCUCUGGCCUUAGUUAUCUUUGUUUUCGUUAUUAUUUUGGUUAGGUCAGGGUGUGACAUGGGGGAUUUAUGAGUUUUUCCGUUCUAGGUAGUUUUGUAUGUCUAUGGUUGCCUAGAUUGGUUCUCAAUUAGAGGCAGCUGUCUGUCGUUGUCUCUGAUUGGGAACCAUAUUUAGGCAGCCAUGUUCUUUGGGUAUUUUGUGGGUGAUUGUCUUCUGUCUUUGUGUCAUUGCACCAGAUAGGACUGUUUUGGUUUUCACAUUUGUUGUUUUGUAUUUUUUAGUGUUCUCGGUUAUCGUCUAUAUUAAACAUGUUGAACACUAA